AUGUCGUCUCUCCAUCACUUAUUAACUUUCCCUGAGCGCCCAAUAACAUCCGAGGCAUAUGUACCUGAAGUCACUCGCCUCUUAAAGUCAGGGAUCCCUGCAACCUACACCCUGGAGCAGGCGGCAGCUCAUGAACAAGGCGAUAAAGACGAUAGUUUGGAUGAAACCUCCAAUACUACCCCCCUGCAUAUUCUUGCAAGGUCUCUGCCGGAUGCUGGAACUCUUCAAGACGCUGAGACAGAUGUUCUAUUAGAAUUGAUGGAUGUUCUUUUCCAAUUUGGUGCCGGCUGGAACUUCCUUGACUACGAAAACAAGCACGUAGGCGACCUUCUUCUAGAAAGAGGCUACAAGCAGGGACACAAGUUAUACGAGCGCAUUGUCGAAGCUGGUGUCAGCGCUGAGUUGCUGCUACGUAAAGUCAACGGCUCGCAAGUCGAGUUUCUGUCUCCAGAUGAGGUAAUGCAGCCUGAAGACGAUGCUACUGAACGGGUCAGUGCACAACCCGCUGAACAACCAGCUGCUGAAGACGCUACCGCUGCUGACCAGCAAACAUACCUCAAAACUGAGCUCGAAUACACAGAUUCGGCGCUGCUUACGAAGGAAAACAGAGACGGUGUGAUGAUGGAUUGGGAAACAGAUAUCAUGAAAUUAGCCGCCAAAUCACUUGUCAAAAAUAGAGACCCACAAGAGGACUGCUCGGUCCUCAAUAUCGGAUUCGGAAUGGGCAUUAUCGACUCGUUCAUUCAGGAGCACAAACCUGACCACCAUUAUAUUUGCGAAGCUCAUCCUGAUGUUUUAGCCAAAAUGAAGCAAGAUGGUUGGUACGAAAAACCAGGCGUAACGAUCCUAGAAGGCCGCUGGCAGGAUUCAUUGAAUAGACUACUGGAUGACGGCUCGGUAUUCUUUGAUGGCAUAUACUAUGACACAUUUAGCGAACACUACGAAGAUAUGCUAGAUUUAUAUGAUGUUAUUGUUGGGUUAAUUAAACCCCAGGGUAUUUUCUCAUUUUUCAAUGGUCUCGGAGCGGAUAGACCUAUAUGCUACGAUGUAUAUCGCCGCAUUGUUGAGGUUGACGUCGCAACGUAUGGUAUGGACUGUAAAUACACUGAUAUCCAGCUAAGUACAUUGCCUACGUGGGAUGGGAUCAAGAGGUCAUACUAUAACUGCAACUACUACUAUCACCCAGAAAUAAGCUUUAAGUGA